AUGAAGAAGUUUAAUAUUCGUAAGGUGCUGGACGGCUUGACGGCCGUGUCGUCCCCUUCUCCAUCCCCGCAGCUCGGGGCCAAGGAGAACGAGCUCAUCCCGGAGACGCUCCAGUCUGAACACUUCCAGCUCUGCAAGAACCCUUUCAGAUUCGGCCGACCCGGUGUGGAGUGUUACUGUCAGCACGAGAGCGGAGCAGCCAUCAUCCAGCUACAGUUUCUCAUAAAUGAAGGGGCGCUGGUUAGUGCUUUGGCUGAUGAUAGUAUUCACUUGUGGAACCUGCGACAGAAGAGACCAGCUGUGCUGCACUCACUCAAGUUCAACAAGGAGAGGAUAACGUUCUGUCAUCUGCCCUUCCAAAGUAAAUGGCUGUACAUCGGCUCAGAACGAGGAAACAUCCACAUUGUGAAUGUGGAGUCCUUUACCCUCUCAGGAUAUACCAUCAUGUGGAACAAAGCCAUUGAACUGUCCUCCAAGGCCCACCCCGGCCCAGUCGUUCACAUUAGUGACAAUCCUAUGGAUGAGGGCAAGCUCAUAAUAGGAUUUGAGUCUGGGAUCGUAGUGCUGUGGGAUUUGAAAUCAAAGAGAGCUGACUACCGGUACACUUAUGAUGAGGCGAUCCAUUCUGUGGCCUGGCACCACGAGGGGAAGCAGUUUAUCUGUAGUCACUCAGACGGCACCCUGACCAUAUGGAAUAUAAAGUCCCAAGCCAAGCCCGCACAGACAAUCACACCACACGGAAAGCAGCCUAAAGAUGGAAAAAAGCCAGAGCCUUGCAAACCCAUUCUUAAAGUAGAGUACAAGACCACACGAGCAGGGGAUCCAUUUAUGAUCUUCUCUGGUGGUUUAUCGUAUGACACCAUUGGUCGACGACCAUGUUUGACAGUAAUGCAUGGAAAGAGCACGGCAGUAUUGGAGAUGGAUUAUCCCAUUGUAGAUUUCCUCACCCUGUGUGAAACGCCAUAUCCUAAUGAUUUUCAGGAACCAUAUGCUGUAGUGGUCCUCCUUGAAAAGGAUUUAGUUGUUAUUGACCUUGCACAAAACGGUUACCCUAUCUUUGAAAAUCCUUAUCCCAUGAUGAUUCAUGAGUCUCCUGUGACGUGUUGUGAGUACUUAGCCGAUUGUCCUGUGGACCUCAUACCUGCACUUUACUCUGUCGGGUCUCGCCAGAAACGACAGGGCUACAGCAAAAAGGAAUGGCCUAUCGGUGGUGGAAACUGGGGCUUGGGCACACAAAGCUACCCUGAAAUAAUAAUAACUGGGCAUGCAGAUGGUUCAGUGAAGUUCUGGGAUGCUUCAGCAAUAAUGCUCCAGGUGCUGUACAAGCUGAAGACAGCUAAGGUGUUUGAAAAGGCACGCUGUAAGGAGGAGAAACCCAGCACAGAGAUUGUGGAUGAGGACCCAUUCGCCAUUCAGUUGAUGUCUUGGUGUGCCGAGAGCCGCAUGCUUUGUGUGGCUGGUGUCUCUGCCCAUGUCAUCAUAUACAGGUUCAGCAAACAAGAAAUCACCACAGAGGUUGUGCAGUUAUUGGAGGUCAGGUUACAGUAUGAGCUGAAUGAUCUGGAGUCUCCAGAAGGAGGAGGAGAUCAGACACCAGCUCCUCCCACACCAAGCACCUCUCCCAGUCCACAAACCGCCACCCCUCAGACACACACUUCCACUAGCAGCAACUCAUCAGAUGGGAUCCGAGACAACAUACCGUGCCUCAAGGUGCGCAGCAGUCCUCUGAAGCAGUCUCCAGGGUAUCAGGUGGAGCUGGUGGUACAGCUGGUGUGGGUCAGUGGAGAGCCGCCCCAGCAGAUCAGCAGCUUGGCCAUCAACUCCAGCUAUGGCUUGGUGGUGUUUGGCAAUAGCAAUGGUCUGGCAGUAGUGGAUUACUUACAGAAGACUGUUCUGUUGAAUCUGGGAACUGUGGAAUUGUACAGCUCUAAUGAUCCGUAUCAGAGACAACUGCGAUCUCCCCGCAAGAGCCGACAGCCUUCUGGAGGGCUUUGUGACAUUAACGAGGGCUCAGCCACCUCAGAGGAUCGCUGCAAAUCCCCCACCUCAGUCUUGAUGUCAAACCAUCAGCAAUUCUACAAUGGAGGAGGGAGAGGAGCUAAGAUGUCACGGAAAUUAAGCUUGCCUACUGAGCUAAAGCCAGACUUGGUCCUACUCUCUGUAUGUCCCCCGCGGGGUUCCAUACCCCUAGACAACAGGGACAACUCCUUCAGCCGCUCACGGAGCUCCAGUGUGACCAGUAUUGACAAGGAAGCACGAGAGGCCGUCACAUCUUUCUAUUUCUGUGAGACGUACAACCGUAAAGCAGAUGGCGGACUUACACCUAGUCUGUGGGUUGGCACAUCCUUGGGCACAGUCUUGGCAGUCUCCCUCAACAUGCCCCCUGCUGGAGAGCAGAGGCUUUUGCAACCAGUCAUUGUCUCCCCUUGUGGUACUCUAGUCAGGUUGAAGGGCAGUAUUCUCCGGAUGGCUUUCCUAGAUUCUACAGGGUCUCUCCUCCCUUCUGCUUUUGAGCCAUGGUACGAACCCAAUGCCCCGGCCAACGGAGAGGAGUGGGACAAGGUCCGUAAGAGACGGCCGGCGUCUGUCUCCCCAUCCACAUCCCAGGAACUGAAUGAAAACCAAUAUGCUGUGCUGUGCUCUGAGAAACAGGCCAAAGUCAUAGCCCUGCCCUCUCAGACCUGCGUAUUUAAACACAACAUCACCGAAACAUCUUUUGUGCUGCGGGCAGAUGUGGUUCAGAUGAACACUGGCAUUUGUGUGGCUUGCUUCUGUGCCAAUGGACACAUCAUGACCCUCAGGCAGAACAUUUAUUUAGAUCUUAAUUCUGCUCAAGACGAAGAGGCUGAUAUGGAAAAAGUAAUCUGUCAAUCUGUUGGUUGUCAUCUCAGAGUGGGGGCUUUACCUUUUUGUGUUUUUCUCUCUACUGUCCUACUCUCUGUAUGUCCCCCGCGGGGUUCCAUACCCCUAGACAACAGGGACAACUCCUUCAGCCGCUCACGGAGCUCCAGUGUGACCAGUAUUGACAAGGAAGCACGAGAGGCCGUCACAUCUUUCUAUUUCUGUGAGACGUACAACCGUAAAGCAGAUGGCGGACUUACACCUAGUCUGUGGGUUGGCACAUCCUUGGGCACAGUCUUGGCAGUCUCCCUCAACAUGCCCCCUGCUGGAGAGCAGAGGCUUUUGCAACCAGUCAUUGUCUCCCCUUGUGGUACUCUAGUCAGGUUGAAGGGCAGUAUUCUCCGGAUGGCUUUCCUAGAUUCUACAGGGUCUCUCCUCCCUUCUGCUUUUGAGCCAUGGUACGAACCCAAUGCCCCGGCCAACGGAGAGGAGUGGGACAAGGUCCGUAAGAGACGGCCGGCGUCUGUCUCCCCAUCCACAUCCCAGGAACUGAAUGAAAACCAAUAUGCUGUGCUGUGCUCUGAGAAACAGGCCAAAGUCAUAGCCCUGCCCUCUCAGACCUGCGUAUUUAAACACAACAUCACCGAAACAUCUUUUGUGCUGCGGGCAGAUGUGGUUCAGAUGAACACUGGCAUUUGUGUGGCUUGCUUCUGUGCCAAUGGACACAUCAUGACCCUCAGUCUGCCAGGGUUGAGACCACUGCUGGAUGUAAAUUACCUACCCCUGACAGAUAUGCGGAUAGCGAGAACGUUCUGCUUCACCAACCUCGGCCAGGCCUUGUACCUGACUUCCCCUACUGAGAUCCAGAGGAUCACCUACAGCCAGGAGGUCUGCGAGAACUUACAGGAGAUGCUUGGUGAGCUGUUUACUCCGGUGGAGACGCCUGAAGCUCCUAACAGGGGAUUCUUUAAGGGUCUGUUCGGAGGAGGAGCACAGUCUCUAGACAGAGAAGAGCUCUUCGGCGAGUCAGGAGCCGGAAAAGCACCACGCAGUCUCGCUCAGCACAUUCCAGGUCCUGGGGGUAUAGAAGGCAUGAAGGGGGCAGCGUCAGGCAUCGUGGGUGAUCUCGCUCGAGCUCGGAUAGCGUUGGAUGAGAGAGGGCAAAAACUGAGCGAGGUGGAAGAGCGGACGGCAGCCAUGAUGGCCAGCGCUGACACAUUCUCCAAACACGCUCAUGAGAUGAUGCUAAAGUGUAAGGAUAAAAAAUGGUACCAGUUCUGAUCUCCGCAAAACAGCAGAGCCCAAAGGGACUCGGGAGUUCUCCUACACAGCCUUGUUCAUCCGUAAUCCUUCUCCCACUCCCAUCUUUAUCUCUCCUCUGCUGGACCAGUGGGAUCCCUCGCUCUUUCCUAGCACAAUAUUAAAUACAGUCUGCUUACAGAACUGCGGCACAGACUGAUAGCGGCCCCAAUCUGAGGAAUACCAUACCACGAUGGCGUCCACUCUUUUGUUUUUGUUUGUUUGUUUAAUAUCGCCAAUCCCCUCUCAUGGCGGCUGGGCUUUGCACGCCCUGGAAUUCCAUUUCUUCUCUCAGUCUUUCAAUUGUUUUUGUGCUGUUGGUUUUUUUGCAAUCACAUCCUGCCUCCCACAUCGGAGAGCAGUAAGUAGUCGAAAAAGACAGACAACUAAAAAAUACAAUAACUAAA